UAACAAAAAGUAUUAAUGCUCCUCUCGAUGUUAAAAUUUUCAACCAAGAAGGUACAAAGGCAGUGGAUUCUUACAAGGUGGGAGGCAGUGCUUUCAUCCUGCAUGAUCCCUCUCUUAAAGAGCUGAGAUUAACAGAUCAGGUACAAGACCAAUGAAAGGAGAAUAUUCAAGCAUUGGUUGUCAACAGAUAUGAUGACUACUUUGUUUACCCCAACAAUAUUCCUGAAUCUAGUAAGGAUUUCAAAAACCUCCACAAAUUUUGUUGGUCAGUUAUAUCCGAUCACUCAUUUCCCUGUGGAUACCUCCUUAAAGAGGAUGACAUCAUCAGAAUUGGGGACUGAGUCCUUCAAGUCAAGAAGAUCCUUGAAGAUUCUGAAACAUCUGGAGACAUAUCCAAUCUUUAUGUAG